AUGGUCGCUUUGGGAUUCUCAAGAGGCCUUGGCCUGGCAGCCACAGUCUUGGUCCUAUCACAAGCAGCCGACGCCGCCAUCCUCCCUCGGCAGAGCAAUGACGCCCUUCGACCUUGGGUGACGGUCCAAGCCGACGGCGCAACCAAGACCAUCACCCCGACCGUCAACGACGGCAAGACCACAUCUGCCUUUACUGGCAGCACGACUCUCCCUACGGCUGACGCCAACGGCGUCGGGUCCUUCCUCCUCUGCAAUCAGGCUGCAGGAGCCAACGGUGUCGACCACCCCUUCUGCUCUCCGAAAGCCGAGAGCAAGGUGGAGGGAGGAAAGACUUUUUGGAUAACAUGGGACACCAGCUUGUUCCCCUUGCCAAACACAAUGGUUCAGGUCCAGGGUGACUACGGCGCCACGAGCGCCAUCGACCCAGGCCACGGCUUCACCUCGCAAAUGCUCCCCGCAUCCCAAGGCCACUUCGCCUGGGCCGCCGUAGGCUACAACAUGGCCGUGAACGAAUCCCUCAGCGUCCAACUCUUCCUCGCCCUCCCCCAGACCAACGGAUCCAUCACCGCCCGACACCCGGGAGCCAAAGUCAGCAUCGUCAACCAUUCGCAAAACGACAACAAGAAUCACAACAAAAACAACAACGGGAGACGCCGCGCGCCCAACGUUUUUGGAAUCGUCCUGCCCAUCGUCUUUGGUGUGUUGUCCCUCGGUUGCAUCGCCUGGUUCAUUUGGUGGUACGGCCGCAGGAAGGGCAUGUUCUCGUCCCGCGGAGGGGGCUACGGCGUCGGCAAGAGCCGCGGCCAGCGGACGGCCGACGUCAAGAUUGGUCUCGGAGACAAUGCCUUUUCCUCGCCUGAUCGGGGCGUCGAGAUGAUGCCGCCCCCGCCACGACCGCCCCCGCCGUCGUCGUCCGAGGGCAAUGUCUUCAGGAGUGAGAUGGAAAGGCAAGAGAGGAAUGAGAGGGCGCAGGCCAUGAUGUAA